AUGUUAUCGGCGCCUACACCUAAACCCCACGCACCAGACAUCACUGCGGCAUACUCGGCUACUGCUACAGACAGCCCCGGUCAGGAUGCUUCAUCUGCCAGCGACGCCCAAGAUUCAUCACUGCAAAUCUGGCGCAAGCCUCUCACCAGGCAUUACACCACAUUGCAAGAGCAUGCCGACCAGACCUUGGGAACAGAAACAUCGGGACAGGACGGUGGUGCUGCCUCAAGGCACGACGCCAGGCGCGAAGGUUUCAGCUGGGGUCAACAGCCACAUAGCGGACACCACAGGCACAGUCAACACGCAAUGACAACAGAGCCCGACCGACCAAGGUCGCCUCCAUCCUUUGAAGAGAUCAUGAGACGAACUCACAUUGAUGAUGCUAACAUUCAAAACAAUAAACUUCGCCAUGUUGACAGUAUGGAGUCGGCCGGGCCAACCGCCAUUGGCCUAGUCGAGUCCUUUUCCAGCAACGAGAGCGACUACAAUGCUCAAGACCACCGCAGGUCUUCCAUCAUGGCCUUUGCAAAGGGAAUGACAAGACAUGUACCAGACUUUAGGAUACUGUACCCUCCACAGCAUAAAGAAGAUGAGCAAAGGCGAGAUUCGAGAGAAGAUGCCAUUUCAAAGCUACAGAAGAAAGACAGCAGUCUAUUCUUCGCUCACGAACCAUCUAUUAAUCCAAAUAGUGGCAAUGAGAAGUUCUCGAACUUGACCGUCGUGAUCGACGAGCAAUCAAGAGGGGUUGAAAAGCCCGUCAGAUCAGCAAACACACAGCCACCAGCAAACAGCGGGCUUCGGGCUCGCCGGAAAGUCGACCUCGACUUAUCGAUGCCCAAAAACGUUCCAGAUCUACCGGCUCGCAGCCAUUAUCCGGUCGAUAUGGCGGGCAAUCUGGCUGCCCCUCGUCCACGCAGUCCUAAAACACCAUGGAUUCGCAACCAGCAGCCAAGGUGGGAAUCGGACCGGAGAGCCAAGUCUUCACCAAUCGAGGAGGAAGAUGACAUGGGCGAUAAUAUCACAACGUUGAACCAUGACAACCACCGUGGCAAGGGCCUUUUGCCUGGUAACGACGUAUUGGACUCCUUGCAGCUACCAACACACGAACGGCCGCCAGCGAAGGUGAGGCACCGGCAUUGCAUUAGUCUUCCACUCCCGAAGAGAUCAAGAAAUGGUACAAAUACAAGCGAUUUGGAUGUAGCUCAGAUGCCGGGUGAAGGGUUGGCGCUAGCUGAUGAAAGAAUGCAAGCCCGUACUACGGCAGAUUUACAACAGGUGGCUCAAGACUCGAUGAAAUCCCGAAUGCGUCGGUGGAGAGAGCGAUACAUGACGUCCAGUGAGGAUGCAGCUCCGGCUUCUGGGACAGAACUUUCCAAACGUCGGCUAUCCAUGAAUCUUUUCAAACGCUCGAAUCGCCUUUCCGAUCAAGCCGCCCUAGAAUUGUCAAACGAAAAGACAGGCUCGACUGAUCCUACAAGCCACAACAACCAAGGCCAAUACCCGUCGCCGUCGCUGGCAAAUAUCCCAGUUCCACCCGCAUUCAUCCCACCCGGUUUAAGUCGAGUGCCAACACCACCCCUGUACGAUGCCAACGGCGAACUCAAAGGGAAAUUGGCAGACUUCCUCUUCGACUUCCAAAACGGCAGUGCAAAAGGUGCCCGCAAAAAACCACUCUCCGGUUCCGAAGGCUACUGGGACUCCGACGCCCUCUUAAUGAGCCUGUCCACCGGCAUCGCCAAAAAAGAAGACGACGAAGACGACGAAGGCCCAGAAGGUCCCCUCCGUAAUGCCCUCCGCUCCCGCUCCAUCUUUGACAAAACAGCCAACCACAACCACCAACGUACCCACAGCACCCACGGCUUCUUAGGCGUAAAACCCCCACUCAGCCCCUCGCUCGCUGCCAACUCACCCAUGCUUGGCCACGACGGCUGGUACCGCGUCAACCACGAAGACGACGCUGAUUUGCGCGACUCACACACUGUGGCUGCGUUGGCACGCCAGGAGGAAGAGGAGCGCAGGAAAUUCGAGUGGUUGGUUCCUGAACAUCUUCCUAAUAGCCCCUUAUGCCCGCUGCACGACAAGUACGUGGGGCCCAGUCAGGGCUUGUGCUACUGGCAUGGACGGAGGAGUGGGGCGGAGAUUAGAGAAGGUGAGUAUGCGAGGCCGGAGAGUUGGGGUGGUGGUAGUGCGGUAGGAGGGGAUUACAUGGGUGCGGGGAGUGGGAGUGUGGUGGGAGAUGGGAUGAGGUUGUCGCCGGGGAUUUCGACGCCGGUGGCGAAGGAGACAAAGAGGAGACGACUGGUUAGUUUGUCGAGUCCUUGA